UUCAAUUCUCAUCGCAUACCAAUUCAGAUCAUAAUUAAUAUACCAAUUAGUAAUAUACAUACAUACAUACAUACAUAAUGGCAAUAAGGUUGGAGUUGGUUUUCGUGGCUGUGCUGUGCAUGCUUGCGGUCACUGCCCCACGCCAUGCAGAGGCCGUCACUUGCUCUCAGGUUGCGACCAACUUGAUGCCUUGCGUCGCCUACUUGAAGGGUAACGCAGCAUUGACUGGGAAUUGCUGCAGUGGCGUUACUAAUCUGAAUGCCAUCGCUAAUAACACCCCCGAAAACCGCAAGGCCGCUUGCCAAUGCUUGAAACAACUGGCCAACACUAACAGCGGCAUUAAGCCUCAACUUGCCAAGGAUCUUCCAUCCCAAUGCAAUGUCAAAAUUGGUUAUGUCAUCAGCAUGGACACCGACUGCAACAGCCUUAAUUAACUAAGAAGAUCGAAACUAUAGAUGUGUGGGCGAACAUCCAGCCGUGUAUGCCACGCCCGGGGUUCUCCAACGUCAAUGACCUUAUACUACUCCAUUAUAUAUAUAUAUAUUGUAACAAUAAAAAUCAUUAUUAUUAAUGCGUGAUAAAAAUAAAUAUGUACUCAGAUAGGAUGAAAUAUCCCAAAAUAAGUUAGCUGUGCUAGCCAAUUAACCCCGGGGUCUCAUCUGUACGUGUAUGUUCCUCUGCUGUGAGUUUUGAACCUUUUAAUUUCCUCUCUUGUCCACUCAUUCUCUUUUCAUUUUGUAUCAAUAUAUAUGCACGUUUAAUUUGAACUUUUUCAUUUUGUAUAUCAAUGUAACUCCGAAUUUUAUUUUCUCAUCUGGUUUUUUUUCCACAAUCUCAAAUACUAUGUUCAGAUAUAGCUAGGAUUAACGUGCAUGAAAUUGCUGAUGGGGAAAAGUUAUAU